AUGGAGGGUCAAAACCAGUCAGGCCUCGGCGGGCCUCCAGGAGGUGAUCCAGGCAAAGAUGACAAGGACAAGAAGAAGGAUAAGCCCAAGUACGAACAACCGCCUCCCCCUACAACCCGCAUCGGGCGGAAGAAGCGCAAAGCAGCUGGGCCAAAUGCCUCUACAAAACUCCCCACCGUCUAUCCUACAUCUCGUUGCAAGCUCAAGUACCUGCGACUACAACGUGUGCACGAUCACCUCCUCCUAGAAGAAGAAUACGUAGAAAACCAAGAGCGAAUACGGAAAGCCAAAGCUCGAAAUGACCAGACACCCGCAACAGCCGGCGGGGACUCAGACGCCUUAGACCGCAACGCAGAUGAGAGAAGCAAGGUCGAUGAUAUGCGGGGCAGUCCGAUGGGCGUGGGCAAUCUCGAAGAAAUGAUCGACGAUGACCACGCCAUCGUUUCCAGCGCCACCGGGCCUGAGUACUACGUCUCGAUCAUGUCAUUCGUGGACAAAGACCUCCUCGAGCCCGGCGCAAGUAUCCUCCUCCAUCACAAAUCCGUGUCCGUCGUAGGCGUCCUGACAGAUGACGCCGACCCUCUCGUCUCCGUCAUGAAACUCGAUAAGGCGCCUACAGAAUCAUACGCAGAUAUUGGCGGAUUGGAGUCUCAGAUCCAAGAGGUUCGCGAAGCAGUCGAGCUCCCACUGCUCCAUCCUGAACUAUACGAAGAAAUGGGCAUCAAGCCGCCUAAAGGCGUGAUCCUCUACGGUGGUCCGGGCACUGGGAAGACGCUACUCGCGAAAGCGGUAGCCAACCAGACGAGCGCAACAUUCCUCCGCAUCGUCGGGAGUGAGCUGAUACAAAAGUACCUGGGUGACGGUCCUCGACUAGUCCGGCAGAUCUUCCAAGUGGCCGCUGAGCACUCGCCCUCCAUCGUGUUCAUCGACGAAAUCGACGCCAUCGGAACGAAGAGAUACGAGUCUACAUCUGGUGGGGAGCGAGAAGUGCAGAGAACGAUGUUGGAGCUGCUGAACCAACUUGACGGUUUCGACGACCGCGGGGACGUGAAAGUGAUUCUUGCCACCAACAAGAUUGACACGUUGGAUCCUGCUCUCAUCCGCCCCGGUCGUAUCGAUCGAAAGAUCUUGUUCGAGAACCCUGAUCAAAACACCAAACGCAAAAUCUUCACCCUCCACACCUCGAAGAUGUCCCUCAACGAGGACGUCGAGCUCGAAGAGUUCAUAAACCAGAAAGACGACCUCUCAGGCGCGGAUAUCAAGGCGAUAUGCUCGGAGGCUGGGUUAAGGGCGCUCAGGGAAAGGAGAAUGAGGGUGCAGAUGUCGGAUUUCAGGAGCGCGAGGGAUAACGUUAUGAAGACGAAGACGGAGGAGAAGAUUGAGGGGUUGUAUUUGUAG